AUGGCCGCCGAGCAACCACAGUCCACGUCCGCCGCCUCGACGGCCCCGACCCGGAGCGGCUCGUCAUCUUCCGCCUCCUCCGCCUCCUCCGCCACCCGCACCGAGCCUGAGGAGCAGCACCAGCGCGAUGUCGAGUCUCUUGUGGCCUACGACCACUCGACUUACUUCUCCCGCCUCUUCGACCAGGCCGGCAUGUCUCGCGCCGUCAUUGAAUACCAGUUCCCUGGUAAGGGCACCGAGGAAAACCCCUUCCUCGUCGACUUCAUCCCCAACGACCCCAAGGAUCCCAUGGCUCUCCCCAACUGGAAGAAGUGGACAUGGAUGAUGCUCCACGCCAUGGCUGUCCUCGCCGUCACGUUUGUCUCCUCCGCCUACUCGGGCGCCUUCACCAGCUUGGUCAUGGAGUUUCACGCCAGCACCACCGUCAUCAUCCUCGGUGUCAGCCUCUUCGUCCUUGGUUUCGCUCUGGGUCCUCUCAUCUGGGCGCCCAUGUCGGAGAUCUAUGGUCGCCAGUGGCUCUUCAUUGGCACCAUGGGUGCGCUUACUGCCUUCAACGCCGGUGCCGCUGGCGCUACAAACAUCCACACCCUCAUCAUCCUGCGUUUCUUCGCCGGCACCAUCGGCUCGUCCCCCCUCACCAACUCUGGUGGUCUUAUUGCCGAUGCCUUCACGCAGGCGCAGCGUGGCCUUGCCACUUCCAUCUUUGCCGCCGCUCCUUUCCUGGGACCUGCUCUCGGCCCCAUCGCUGGUGGUUUCCUGUCUGUCGACGCUGGUUGGCGCUGGGUCGAGGGCCUCAUGGCCGCCUUCACUGGUGUCAUGUGGAUCAUCAUCUCCCUCACCGUGCCUGAGACUUACGCUCCUGUCAUCCUGCAGAGACGUGCCGAGAAGCUCUCUGCCAUUACUGGCAAGAAGUACAUCUCCAAGCUCCAGGCUGGCAAGCCCGUCAAGACCAUUGGGCAGACUUUCAAGACAGCGCUUGCUCGCCCCUGGGUCCUGCUCUUCCGCGAGCCCAUCGUGCUGAUCCUGUCUCUGUUCAUGGCCAUCCUGUACGGCACUCUCUACAUGCUGUUUGCUGCCUUCCCCAUCGUCUACCAGCAGGGACGUGGCUGGUCUCCCGGUGUUGGUGGCUUGGCCUUCCUCGGCGUUGCUGUUGGCAUGAUGGUUGCUGUUGGUUACACCAUUUGGGACAACCGCAGAUAUGCCAAAAUCUCUGACGCCCACGAUGGUCUUGCCCCUCCCGAGGCCCGUCUCCCACCUGCGCUCAUUGGUGCCGUCCUCCUUCCCGUUGGCAUGUUCUGGUUCGCGUGGACCAACGGCCCAGAGGUUCACUUUAUGGUCAGCAUUACCGGCACUGCUUUCUUUGGCGCCGGCCUCGUUCUCCUGUUCCUCAGCUUGAUGAACUAUCUGAUUGAUACCUACGUCAUCUUUGCUGCCUCGACUCUCGCGGCCAACGCCGUCAUUCGCUCCUUGUUUGGCGCUGCGUUCCCGCUCUUCACCGGCACCAUGUACACCAAUCUCGGCAUCCACUGGGCCAGCUCGAUCCCGGCCUUCCUUGGCGUCGCCUGCUUGCCCUUCCCGUUCCUGUUCUACAAGUACGGCAAGUCCAUCCGCCUCAAGUGCAGGUAUGCGGCUGAGGCGGCCGAGUUCCUCGCCCAGCUGCGCGGAGCUCCUGUGUUGGUCCGCAUCGAGAGCCAGGCUGAGAAGCCGGUGAUGUAA